CGCUCCGAGCCCAGCGCCUGGGUGGUGUGUGCGGGGGGAGGGGGAGCGGAGGCUUAAAGGGACAAGAGCGGCGGAGGCCGGAGGGAGGCUCCAUGGCGAGGCUGGCGGGGGGCCCGGCCCCCGGCCCCCGCCCCUGAGGCGCGGCAGGAGCUCGCUGCCAAAGGAUCUAAGCUGGAAGGACACUCCCCGCAGAAUGUUGUCUUCGCCAAAGAACGGCUUGAAGCAGGCAACCAUGAGAAUCCCGGCAGGACCCUCGAAAGCACUGACAUUUCAGUAGCCCAGCGCCUGCGGGUGGCACUUACUCCGGAGCCCCUGCCCUGCCCCUUGGACCGUGAUGGUGUAUUAAUCAAGAGCCCUGCUGCUACCUGUCUCCUCCCCCCUCGACUUUCGGUGGCUUUGGGAUUUGUAUGGCAGUGGCGUAACCGUGGAGAGGCCAGGGUAUCACAAACUUAUGGAUUUUGAUAAGAGAGGAGGGAAAGGGGAGACGGAGGAAGGCAAAAGAAUGUCCAAGGCAGGCGGAGGAAGGAGCAGCCAUGGGAGCCGAAGCACAGGGACCAACUCUGGAGUCUUAAUGGUGGGCCCCAACUUCCGGGUCGGGAAGAAGAUCGGAUGUGGCAAUUUUGGGGAGCUCCGUCUAGGAAAGAAUCUCUACACAAAUGAAUAUGUAGCUAUAAAAUUGGAACCCAUAAAAUCGCGGGCCCCGCAGCUGCAUCUGGAGUACCGGUUCUACAAGCAGCUCGGAAAUGCAGAAGGAAUUCCUCAGGUUUACUACUUCGGCCCCUGCGGGAAGUACAAUGCCAUGGUGCUUGAGCUCCUGGGCCCCAGCCUGGAAGACCUAUUUGACCUGUGCGACCGGACCUUCACGCUCAAAACCGUCCUGAUGAUAGCGAUCCAGUUGAUCACACGGAUGGAAUAUGUUCACACCAAAAGCCUCAUCUACAGAGACGUCAAACCAGAGAACUUCCUGGUAGGGCGACCAGGGAGCAAGCGGCAGCACACCAUCCACAUCAUCGAUUUUGGCCUGGCCAAAGAGUACAUCGACCCUGAGACCAAAAAACACAUCCCUUACCGCGAGCACAAGAGCCUGACAGGGACCGCACGAUACAUGAGCAUCAACACACACCUCGGGAAAGAACAAAGCCGCAGGGAUGAUCUGGAAGCACUAGGGCACAUGUUUAUGUACUUCCUCCGAGGGAGCCUCCCUUGGCAAGGGCUCAAGGCUGACACGUUAAAGGAACGGUAUCAGAAAAUCGGAGACACCAAAAGAGCCACGCCUGUCGAAGUCCUGUGUGAAAACUUCCCAGAGGAGAUGGCCACCUACUUGCGCUAUGUACGGCGGCUGGAUUUCUUUGAGAAGCCCGACUACGAUUACUUGCGGAAGCUCUUCACGGACCUCUUUGACCGCAAUGGCUACGUCUUCGACUAUGAAUACGACUGGGCUGGGAAGCCACUACCAACUCCCAUCGGCACAAUCCACAGUGACGUCCAGGUGCAGCCCCCGAACAGAGACAAAGCACAGCCACACACCAAGCACCAGCAGUCGCCUGAGGGGGACGAGGUGUGGGAUCCUCAGGCCGGUCAGCAGCCUGCCGAGGAACCUCUAGGAACUCACCUAGCAACCAGCAGGCUUGGGGGUUCUGUGCAGGUGAUGAGCUCCACUAACGGUGAGUUGAACACGGACGACCCGACUGCAGGACAUUCAAAUGCCCCCAUCACGGCGCCUGCUGAGGUGGAGGUAGCAGACGACACAAAAUGCUGCUGUUUCUUCAAGAGAAGGAAGAGGAAAACCAUCCAGCGCCACAAGUGAUCUGCCCGGGCCGGCACAGAUCAGUGCGUGCAGCGUCUCCUCCAGCUCCAGCCAUGGAUGGAUCUGGGUUCGGAUCCGCUCUGCAAACAGCCUUUUCCCACCUCGAUGCCGACGGGAGAGGGGGAAGGGCCGUCGUGACUUCACCACCCGGCGCCACGCACGGGAGCGGGGAGGGGGCUGUUCUCAAACUGCUUUUCUUUUCCUCCAUGGCCGCCGUCUCAGCACGGGGCCGGCGGCUGGAGCCCAGUCGGACAUUGCCGAAGCCCCCGCGUCCGUCAGGCGCACAGCCCACGGAGAGCAUGAAACAAUCGGAAUAGGCCACCCAAGCCCGGCACAUGCCCGUGCCAUCACCGUCUUUGGAUUCAAUGAACUAGUUGGAAAACAGGGAUCAACUUCACAGACUCUGCAGUGGUGCCGUCUUAGAAGAAGCUGAAGACAAUUGCCGGAGCGGUGGGUCACGGAGAAAUCCUUUCUGUUGCUUCUUUGUCUCUUAAGUUAAUUUAAAGUGAGUCUCGGUGCGGA